AUGGCGCGCAAAGCUUCCACGCUCCUGGCGCUGGCGAACGUGGCCUCGGCCCUGUCCGCCGUGCCGCGCAGCGGCCUGUCCCUGACCAAGGCCCUGGCGCCCGAGCUCCUCGACUUCGGCGAGGCGAGCUCGCGGGACGCGGCGGACACGAAGGUGCUCAACUUCGCGAGCCCGUCGGAGAUCGAGGCGGCCUUCGCCGGCGCCGGCGUGCCCAUCGGCCUCGACGGCGCCGCGGGCCACGAGGACGGUCACCUGCUCACGGCCUGCCGCACGGCCCUCGAGUACUCCGUGAGGACGCGGCACCCGCUGUUCCUGAACCAGUUGUACGGCGGCGUCGACGACGCGGCGCUCGCGGGCGAGUGGCUCGUCGCGGCCUGCAACACGAACGCGCACACCUACGAG